CCAGCGCACGCUAAAUGUAUUAAUCCAAUCUCAACAUGGCGGCAAGCUGUUCUCCCGCCGCAGACAAUACCUUCGGACCAGUCCUGGCUUGUCCAGCCACCUUCGACUUCACUCUACUAUUCGAGCAAAGCAUCCUCUCCAUCGGCCCCUCAGCCUUAUUCCUGCUGCUAGUCGCGUGGAGAAUCUGGAGCCUCCACCCCGAAAAUAUCAAAACCGUCGCGAACAAUGCCUAUUGGCAAAAGCUGGCUGUUGCGAUCUGCCUGAUUGGUAUACAAGUCGCGUCGGUGGUCCUAUGGGCGCGUCACAACAUCCUUCGCACUGCCAUUCCCGCCGUCUCCUUAUCGCUGGUAGACGCAUUGUCAAUCACUUUUCUCUCGGCCAUUGAGCACAAUCGCUCCGUGCGCCCUUCGUCGCUUCUAAGCAUAUAUCUUUUCUUGUCGAUCGGAUUCGAUGCGGUGCAGGUACGCACGUUGUUUAUCCGGCAUUAUCCAGCCUCUCUCGCUGCACUGUCCGCGGCAUCGGUCGCUCUGAAGCUUCUUCUGCUAGCAUUGGAAGCGCGAACCAAACGCCGGUAUCUCAAGGCACCCCAUCGUGACACGCCGCCCGAGUCAACCAGUGGAAUCUUUGCUCGCACUAUCUUUUGGUGGCUCAAUCGUUUGUUUCUUGCUGGAUUUCGAAAGCUUUUGACACUCGAAGAUCUAUUCCCGACAGACGUGGACUUGAAAUCAGGCCCUCUGAGACAGAAGAUCCGUGUCGCCUGGGAAAGGUACAAAUCGAGCAACACACGCAGCUUGAUUCUUGCGACUGCAGUCAGUCUAAGAUGGGCAAUUCUUCGAACCGUAUUCCCCAGGCUCUGCCUCAUCGGGUUCAGCUAUGCACAGACGUUUUUUAUCCAACGGGCAAUCGAGCAUCUGCACAAGCCUGAUACGCAGAUGACCAGAAAUGAAGGCUACGGCUUGAUUGGUGCCGCGGCGCUGAUCUAUGGGGGAAUCGCAAUAUCUACCGUCCACUACAAACACCAGCUGUUUCGCAUGAUCACCAUGUUCCGUGGUGCAGCUGUUGCUUUGAUCUACGACCAUACUUUGGUGAUUGGCGAUGGGGCAUGUACUGAAUCCGCCGCUGUCACGCUCAUGAGUACCGACAUUGAUAUGAUUGCACGGUCGCUGGAGCAAGCCAGCGAGAUGUGGGCUAGAUUAGUCGAAAUUGCAAUCGGUAUCUGGCUACUAGAACGGCAACUCGCUGCCGUCUGUGUGGCUCCGAUUCUUGUCAUUCUUUUAUGUACAUCGGUUCAGAUGUACAUGGCGACAUUUAUGCCUGCUAGGCAGAAGGUCUGGGUUGGAGCGAUCCAACGCCGGGUGGGAAUGAUCUCGACGGCACUGAGAUCGAUGAAGAGCGUCAAGAUGCUUGGGCUGUCGGAAACACUCGCUACAACCCUUCAAGGACAAAGGGAGCGCGAGCUGAAUCUAUCCAAAGACUUUCGUUGGUUAAUUGUCUGGCUGAAUGUAGUUGCGAGUUUGCCUCAGAUGUGUGCCUCUCUCGUCACAUUUGCAGCCUUUGUGAUUCGCGCCAAGAUCGACCACUCGCAGCCUCUGUCAACAGUACAAGCAUUUACGUCGCUUGCUAUUAUCGGUCUCAUUACCAGCCCGGCUCUGCAGCUAUUGUCAUCUAUUCCGGCAGUAACAGCCGCCUUGGGGGCUUUUGACCGCAUCCACAAGUUUCUAACAUCUCAUGCAAUUAGUACACAGCCAACGGAGCGGAGCCCUGAGCCAGAUGUCGGAAACGGCGGCGAUAGUCAUGACUCUGAGGUCCAACUAAAGAUACUAGCACCUAAAGUGCACUCUGAGCUGGUUGUUGCAUUGGCCAAUGCCUACAUCCGCCCAGGUGAAUCUGACUUUUGUCUUGAAGACAUCGAUUUGAAGGUCAAACCAAACACCGUGAUGAUAGUGACCGGCCCUGUUGGAAGUGGAAAGUCUACGUUGUUGAAAGCAUUGCUAGGUGAGGUAUCCUGUGAGCGAGGAACGCUUGCAAGAACAUCAGAUGCCGCCUACUGCAAUCAAACCCCCUGGCUCCAAAAUACCACCAUUCAAAAUAACAUAUGUGGAAAAGACCUGGACCUUGACUGGUACAGAGAGGUGAUACGGGCAUGUGCAUUGGAGCCGGAUAUCUCUCGAAUGCCACACGGUGAUCAGUCCGUUGUAGGCAGUGGGGCACUCAAGCUAAGUGGGGGACAGAAACAGCGUCUAGCAUUAGCUCGGGCGAUGUAUUCCAGGAAGCUGUUACUUGUCCUUGAUGAUCCCUUGAGUGCUGUUGACAGCAAGACCGCGCGGUUUGUCAUCGACUCCCUUUUUGGUACCAACGGACUUUGCCGAAGAAUAGGCGCAGCAGUCAUAAUGGCGACUCAUACAGACCAGCACUUGUAUGUUGCAGACGAGGCUGUCGUCCUAGGUUCGAAUGGACGCAUCGAGAAACAGGGCCCUGUGCGCAGCUUAUGCCUAGCCUCGUUCCCAGAUAUAACAGAAACCAAAUCGGAGAGCGUCCAGCCUGACAGUGACGAGAAGUCGACUGCUACCAAAAAAGUUGAAACACUUACUGUUGAUGAUAUCGCUGACAUAUCCCGCCAAACUGGUGAUGCUGCCGUGUAUUCCUACUACCUCAAGGCCAUUGGAUGGCGCCACACAUUAGGCGCCUGUAUAAUCAUUAUCAUACACACGUUUUCUUCCAUUUUCCCGCAGGUAUGGUUGGAAUUAUUCACCGACGACGAUGGAAAAAAGGCUGCCCAGUUUAUCGGCAUCUAUGUUCUGCUUGCCGUGGCUGCGCAAAUCAUGAUCAAGAUAGUCUUAAAGUCAGGACUGGAGCUACACAGGAUUCUCGUUCAAACCGUCACCAAUGCUCCGAUGCAUUUCUUUGCCGAGGUCGAUUCCGGUGUCAUCUUGAACAGGUUCAGCCAGGAUAUGACGCUUGUAGAUGCUGUAUUACCCACCAUGGCUUUUGGCACAGUUUUGAGUGUGGCACAAUGCUUUGCCCAGGUGGCUUUAAUCUCACUGGGCUCUAGUUACAUGGGCAUCACCAUCAUUCCCUGCUUACUGGUAUUGUACGGCGCGCAAAAGGUCUACCUUCGAACAUCCAGACAGCUCCGGUUCCUCGACCUCGAAGCUAAAAGUCCGCUCUAUACAUGGUUCGUAGAAACGCUCGAGGGCUUGUCUACGAUUAGAGGUCUUGGAUGGCAACGAUCAUUUGUCGCCGAGUGUCUAAGUCGACUGGAUGAUUCUCAGAGACCAUACUACCUUCUUUACUGCAUCCAGCGAUGGCUCAAUGUUGUUCUCGAUCUACUCGUUGCUGCCCUAGCGGUGAUUCUGAUCGCUCUGGCCACAUCUUUACGAGGUUCGACAGAUCCCGGGAAGUUAGGAGUAUCCUUGACUGCAAUCAUGGCCUUCAGUCAGACUCUACAAGAUGUAGUCUCCAGCUGGACAUCACUAGAAACAUCGCUUGGUGCAAUCGCAAGAACGCGCUCGUUCGAAAUGAAGACACCGUCAGAGCAUCAUGCCGAGGAAACAUUUAUUCCUCCACGGGCCUGGCCUCUCCACGGAGACAUCGACAUUACUUCUCUCUCCGUCUCUUACGAUGAUGUCACACGUGCAUUAGACAACAUAAACCUUAGUAUAAAAGCCGGAGAAAAGGUCGUGAUAAGCGGCCGAACUGGCAGCGGAAAGAGCACCCUCUUCUCAGCCCUUCUCAGACUUGUCGACACUGAAACCGGCACGAUCACAAUCGAUGGAUUCGACAUUUCCAUCAUUCCCCGGAACAUUCUUCGCUCCAGCAUCAUCGCCAUUCCCCAAGACCUUUUCAUUCUCCCAGGCCCUAUCCGCUUCAAUCUAGACCCCUCCGGUCGUUCUACAGACGAGGUCCUGAUUUCAGCAUUGGCGAAAUCCAACCUACUUGCGGUUACUACAUCUCGCGGUGGUCUCGAUGCAGAGUUGUCAUCAUCUACAUUGUCCCAAGGCGAACAGCGACUAUUUGCUUUGGCCGUGGCGCUGGUCAGGAAAUGGAACAAAGACAAUGAUGUUUGUACUGGCGGCGGGAUUUUGAUCCUGGACGAAGCAACCAGUGGAACUGAUGCCGAAACUGAUGGGUUGAUACAAAUGAUCAUUGAACAGGAGUUUACGGGAUAUACGGUUCUGCAUAUUUCUCAUCGGCCGGGCAUGGUGAGGGGUGUUGAUAGAGUGGUGGAGUUGGAAAAUGGUCGAGUAGUCGGUUGAUGUUGAAGUAUGUGAUCUUUUAGACUGACAGAGAUGAAUUGAGAGAAUAGGAAUAUUAUUGAAGGGAAUGCAGUUCUGUUUGGGUUGUCUCUUAGGACAGUUCGGUCCUUAUACUCAGAUAUCACACAUUAUCCGUGACGGAUCUUCUCUGAGUAGCUUGAUACGCAAAUAUGAUUGGACAGGCAACCAUUCACUCGUAUCCUGGCCUUUGCUACCCUUGAUAUUUCCCUCAUCAGUCAUGCUGCUAUUGCUUGAACUGGUUGCCUUGUCUUCCAGACAUCAGAUGCGUGGUGUGAGAAUCAGCACAGCCUUAAGAAAGAUAGGCACGGGGAUUACUCAAGACAG